AUUCUGUAGUGUACAGUAUGACCUCAAGGUGUCUUAUGUGUAAUUUGAUGGCCUUCCAAGCAGAACUGUGGAAGCUGCAGAUGAAAACGUGUUUCCAUACGUCAUUUCGAAAAUUGUGAAUUUGUGGUUGCCUCAGGCUUUUUGACAUAAACUUUUUCCUUGGAAAGUCGACGACAGUCUCAUUGUAAUCCUCAGUUGUCAAGGCGAGGUGAAAUGAGGACAUAUGUAAAGAAGACUAAUAGGGGUGAAAUUCCUAAAGAUAUUUGGAUGCUGGCCAUCAAAGCUAUAGUAGAGAACGGAAUGAAUAUUUCCCAAGCAGCAAGAGAAUAUAAUGUUCCCCCUAAAAGUCUUUCGAGGAAUGUAAAGAAGUACUGCUCUCAUCAGGAUAGUCUUUCUGAAGUGCCUGAACAUAAUACUUUUUCCAUAGGGUAUGCCAAACCCAAGCAGAUUUUUACUGAUGAAGAAGAAGGUGCCCUAGAAGAAUAUUUGAAAAAGGCUGGUGACAUUUAUUUUGGUCUCACACCAAAUGGCGUUAAAAAACUAGCCUUUGAGUUCGGCACGCGACGUGGCAUUGCUAUUCCAGCUGGAUGGAUGAAAAAUCAGCAGGCUGGUAGCGACUGGUUUACUAGUUACCUAUCACGCCAUCCAUCACUAUCACUGCGAAAGCCUGAAGCUACAUCAAUGGCUCGAAUGUCGAGCUUCAAUCCGCACAAUGUGGGUGUCUUCUUUGACAACCUUAUCAAGGUUCUUUCCCAGUUCGAUAUUGGCCCUGGAUCAAUCUGGAACAUGGACGAGACAGGCAUAACAACAGUCCAGCGUCCAGACAAAAUUGUCGCCAGGAAAGGUAGAAAACAAAUUGGCGCCGUAACUAGUCAGGAGAGGGGAGAAUUAGUUACUCUAGCUAUGGCUGUUUCAGCCCUAGGAAACCACAUUCCACCUUUUUUAUAUUUCCAAGAAAACGUUAUCACGGCACCUUUAUUGCCCAGGCUCCAAUUGGCUCGAUAGGCACAGGGAACGAAUCUGGUUGGAUGACCGAAAUUGCUUUCAAUAUGUUCAUGAAGCACUUUAUUGAACACACAAGGCCAACACCAGCAAAACCGAUCUUAUUACUCCUAGACAACCAUGCUUCUCAUCUUUCCAUGGAAGCACUUAAUAUGGCAAAAACUAAUGGCGUAGUAAUGUUAUCAUUUCCACCGCACUGUUCUCACAAACUGCAGCCGUUAGACAGAAGCGUAUACGGGCCGCUAAAAAAUUACAUAAACUCGGCUUUGACAAGUCGUAUUAUAGUGAAGAAGGCACCGAUCAACAUUUACGAUAUUCCAGGCAUCAUAACUACUGCGCUUCCAAAAGCCAUCACACCAGCAAACAUUAUGUCUGGAUUUCGAGUUUCCGGAAUCAUGCCGUUGGAUCGCAACAUAUUCGCUGAAGAAGAAGAAUUUGCUCCGUCAUUCUUUACAGAUCGCCCUGAGGCCGACAUUAUCGUAGCUGAGGUAGAAUUGGAUUCUAUGGUACCCACAAUUGAUGACAUUUUAUCUGCAACUGGAGUUUCUGACGAAUUGGUCAACGUAAUCAAACAGCCCUAUUCCGCAUGUUUUACGGUUUCACCGGUCACUCGUACUGAGUCCUCUGCGUCUUCUCGUUCAGACAAAUCAUUGUCAACAUCCCUAUUGGAGGAAAUUAGGCCUCAUCCAAAGGCUGCACCAAAGAAGACCACCAAUAAAAGAAAAACAAGGCAAACUGCCAUUCUCACGAGCACCCCUGUCAAAGAUGCAAUUGAGGCGGAACAAAGUGGAUCAAAAAGUAGGAUCAAGCGAAAGCUGAUGGAGGCUGAAAAAGAGAAGAAGAAAAUUGAGAUGAAGAAAAAGAAAGAUGAAAAAAAGGUAUCAAGGGGAAGGCCAAGAACAGCAAUUCGAAAGAAGAAAGCAGUUGCGGCAGCUGAAGAAGAAGAUUGGUUUUGCCUUGUUUGUCAGGCGCCAUACAGUGAUUCAACAACUCCUUGGGUAAAAUGCCUUGGCAAAACUUGUAAGUCAUGGGUACAUGUUGAUUGUGUCGAUCCACAGUUUGUGUGUGACGAAUGCAACGGUGAUCUACGGGCAUAAAGUGCCCAUAUCGUUAGACGGACAAUUUACCCCAAGCUCGGGACAACUAACCCCAAGCCGGGGGUAAAUUGUCCGAAAAAAUGGGUGUCACAUUUUGUUUUAUUCUGAUUGAAUAAACAGAGAUAACUGAA